AUGGUUACUCAAGUUGGUAUUAACGGUUUCGGUCGUAUUGGUCGUAUUGUCCUUCGUGCUUCUCUCGCUAACCCCGAGGUCCAAGUUGUCGCUAUUAACGAUCCUUUCAUCCCCCUCGAAUAUAUGGUUUACAUGUUCAAGUACGAUUCCGUUCACGGUCGUUUCAACGGUACUGUUGAAGCUAAGGAUGGUAAGCUCGUUGUCAACGGUAAGGAGAUCUCUGUCUUCUCUGAACGUGACCCCGCUCAAAUCCCUUGGGGUAAGGCUGAAGCCUACUAUGUUGUUGAGUCCACUGGUGUCUUCACUACCAUUGAUGCUGCCUCUUCUCAUUUAACCGGUGGUGCCAAGAAGGUUAUCAUCUCUGCUCCCUCUGCUGAUGCUCCUAUGUUCGUCUGUGGUGUCAACCUCGAGAAGUACACUGCUGACCUUAAGGUUAUCUCCAACGCUUCUUGUACCACUAACUGUCUCGCUCCUCUCGCCAAGGUUAUCAACGAUAACUUCGGUAUUGUUGAAGGUUUGAUGACCACUGUCCAUGCUACUACUGCUACCCAAAAGACUGUUGAUGGUCCUUCCAACAAGGAUUGGAGAGGUGGUCGUGGUGCUGGUGCCAACAUUAUUCCCUCUUCCACUGGUGCUGCCAAGGCUGUCGGUAAGGUUAUUCCCGAACUUAACGGUAAGCUUACCGGUAUGGCUUUCCGUGUCCCUACUCCCGAUGUCUCCGUCGUUGAUCUUACUGUCAGAUUAGAGAAGGGUGCUUCUUAUGAUGAGAUCAAGGCUGCCAUCAAGAAGGCUUCCGAGAACGAGAUGAAGGGUAUCCUCGGUUAUACCGAAGACCAAGUUGUCUCUCAAGAUUUCGUCAGUGAUGACAGAUCUUCCAUCUUCGAUGCCGCUGCCGGUAUUGCUCUUAACGAAAACUUCGUCAAGCUCGUCUCCUGGUACGAUAACGAAUUCGGUUACAGUAACCGUGUUAUUGAUCUUUUGGCUUAUGCUGCCAAGGUCGAUGCUGCCGCUUUGUAAAUUUCUUCAAGCUUUUAGAUAUCCCUCUAAAACAAAUAUCAUUCUAAAAUAAAUAUUGCUGUUUUUUAAUAAAAAAAAUUUAAGAGAUUAUACAUCUCUUGAAUAUUUUUUUGUCUAUACUAUAAAAAAACUUGUUUCCCACAUGUUUCGAAAAAUACUGGAUGUAUGGAGCCAAUGAUAAGCGUGUCAUCAUGGGAGUUCCCAGAGUGUGAAAGCUAAUAUGUUUGUAAUUACGGUUCUGCCCAUUACCUAGUUUGCAUGAAGGUAAAGAGGGGGAGAAACCGGCUCCCUUUUUAAUGUUCUCACGCGUUUUCAUCAACACAGACCUUUUUUGAUGUCCCGAUCACUAUUUUGCAUGUCUCAUGUGAAUUUCAACUGUGUGAUACCCGAUCUUUGACGCGUUUGAUUUAACGACAUUUUUUAUUUUUUUUUUUGGUACCGGUUCAAUUCUUAUCCGUCUUUCUUGUAAUUCCAUCAUAUUACGU